GUCUCUCUCUUUUGUGGGCAAGUAGGGAAUUACCCAGGUCCUGUCUAUCAUAGAUGGCCUGCAUCAACCAUGGCUAGAUGGUAUGGAGUUGCUGGAAGAUGCUCAAUGGAAUAAACGUAUACUAUCGAUGGGGUGUGAAAGGAUCGAUAUGUUUCUUCAAGGUGGACUCCAUGAAGGACAUCUUACAGAAUUAGUUGGACCAUCAUCCUCUGGUAAAACACAAGUUUGCCUACGAGCUGCCUCCAGCGUUGCGAAGAAUUAUCUGGAUAGUGUGCUGUUCUUAGACACAUGCAACUCCUUUUCGCCUAAACGUAUUGCACAGAUUGUCGGCCAGAUUUCAGAUUCUGACAAUAAAGAAGUGAACAAAGUUAUUCAGCGAGUAAUGAACAGUAUAGUGUAUCACGCUGUGUUUGACAUCUAUACGUUGUUGAAUGUGCUCCAUCGUCUAGAGUUUAAUUUGAGAUCUCAGAAAGGUUCGCAGGUGCGGCUACUUAUUGUUGAUUCAAUUUCAUCGCUUAUCAGCCCAAUUCUUGGAGGCAAUGGUACAAAUGGUGCGUCUACUUGUGUGCACAUAACAGCUAUCUGA